AUUCUGGUGCUUCCUAGACGGGAUAUGAUUAGUCAUUAACACGGGAUUAGUCAUCAACACGGCAUUGUGGAUAGAUUGCCCUGGUCCAAGAGACAAUCGUUCGUUCAUCCUUGUUCUACAACCGCCACCACCACUGCUACAGCAUCACUACCACUUUCUUUGGUGCGACUGCGUACAUCGUGGGGCACAGUUUCAGAUUUCUCAUGGACAACAGCAACAGCGGUAAUGACGACGGCCGUGGUCAUCGUUUUGGUCACAACUUCCAUCUACCAACGACACUUCAGAACGUAUUUCGAAAUAUAAACCAGGCUUUCUCCCAUAAUCACAGUCAUCCUGCACAGCAGAACUCCACACAGGAAGUCAUCAUGUCUGACGCGCUCCCAGCCGAGCCUAUAGACGCCCAUGAACUUGCAGUAGAUCUUGACAGGACCCCAGUUCCCGAAACUUCUACCCUUCCGCCUCUCGCCGAGACUUCGCAGCCUGUACCAUCUGCAGAAGAUGUAGAUAUGCCACUUGCUUCCAGUAUUCCAUCUUUGCAAGCCCAGCCCACCCGCGAUGAUGAUGAGGACUCCAUGCCUGAGCUGCGCUCCGUAUCUGACUCUGAUGAGUCAGACGACAGCCAGUCCUCUCGUGCAGAGACUUUACCCAAUCUCCUGGCCGUCGAUGAUGACCACGACAGUGACUGGACGGACGAUGAAGACGAUCUACCGCCGCUCGAGCCUAUCGCUGGGAGUAGACGCGCUCGGGUAGAUGAUGAUAUAGACGAAGCCCGGGAUCGCAGACAUCCUUCAGAGCGUGUAGGUCGUCCUGUCUCGCCUCCUUUGCCUCCUCCACAGCCGUCUAACACCGAGCAGCACCCACCUGCCGGCACCCAGGCAUUCAUAAAUGGCUUCAUGGCUCCCUUAUUUGGGAUGAAUCCAUUUCCUGGUGGUAAUGCAUCACCGGGACCUGCACCUGGUGCUGAGAAUAUCACGGUAGAACAUACUGGUUUUACUUUCACAAUACCUCUUGGAGGUCCUCCCAAUCAGAAUGGAGGUGGCGCCGCCCCGCCCCCAUUCGGUCCAGCGAAUGUGCCUCCGGAUGCUGCUGGAGGUCGGGAUGAUUUUCUUCAAGCAUUCGCAGAUUUUUUGCAGCAAAUGCAACAAUUCGGGGGGCUUGAUGAUAAUCGUGAAGAUCCUGAACGAGCAAAGAAACUCAUUGCGGGUCUGGAGACCGUACCCACAGGGCUCGUAAAGCGCUUGGAAAGAGUUGGUGGUGCGCCUGGUGGCCACGUAGAUGGCGCAGAGACCACCGACUCUUCCUCUCCGGGAUGUGCAAUCUGUUGGGAUACUUUAUUGGAUGCUGAGAGUGAUAGCUUUAAACCGAAGGCUCCCGAGGAACCACCUACUGGAGCUAACACCGAUUCUGCAUCUGCUCCAUCAAUACCCACUUCGACAGAUUCAGACCUGCCGUCUAGCUCCCAGAGUUUCGAUUCUCCGUUAGAAACAUCCGUCCCUGAGGCACCCAAAAUCAUCUCCCUUCCUUGUGCUCAUGUCUUCCAUGAAUCAUGUUUACUCCCCUGGUUCACAAGGGCGAAGCAAGCGACGUGCCCAACAUGUCGGUUCAACAUCGAUCCCGAGAACCUUACCAGUUCGCCGCCUCCUCAUCACCCUUUCAACUUUGCGCCCCGUGCAACUCCACAAGCAAACGGUGCUACUCCUGCUGCACAAGCUGCUGCUGCGCCUGCGCCUAAUGCAGCACAAUCCGUACCAGUUCCUACUGCCGAGCAAGCUGCAGCUGCUCCUCCGCCUGCAGGACCAGCCGCCCCUGAAGCUUCAGCUGCAGGGCCAGCGCCUCAGCCUGCAGCUAACCAAAUUCCCCCUAAUUUCUUCAACCCUGGCCAACCCGGCCAGCGCUUCACCCUAUCGAAUGGCGUGCCUGUUGGCCCCGGAGCCACUGUGCAUAUCCUGCAGUUCCCUGGCGGAGGGAACAACCUCCAGGACUUAUUUCGUCGUGGAGCAGGAGCUGUCCCAGCUGGGGCAGGCCCCAUGCCGCCCCCUCCAGUUCCUCGCAGCCGUACGCAGUCCCUUCCUAACAUUGCAGAUAACCGUCCUGUUGGCGGGCCACAAGCAGGCGACUUCUUAACCAUCGGCCUCGAUCUGUUCUUCGACGAAUCGUUGCCUGCAGGGAUGUCACCACCACAGCAGCAGCCUCACACACCGGGGCAGUCCCAGCCACAAGGGGAGCCGCAACCACAGCCCCAGCCUCAAAAUGAAGCCCAGGAGCAGCCGCAGAACCAAACUCCAGGGCCAGCUCCAGGGCAAACACAAGGCCAAGCACCGGGUGUCGGCCAGGUGCCCCAGGAGUUCCAAAAUUUUAUCAACAAUCUCAUUCAGAGUGCUACGCGUACUUUCAUCCCCGUUCCAAUCUUCAACAACGGACCCGCUGCACCACAGGGGCAGCCUCAGCCUACACAAGGGCAGGAGCCACCUGCUGACGGAGCGCAGGUUCCUCCUGCUAAUGUGCCCCCUCUGGGUGGUGCAUCCCUGCCGAUGCCACCACCAUUUAACUUCCCGCAUGCGCACCCUAUCCGCCCGACGCGUCCAAUGCCUCCGCGCCGCGAGAGGAAGACAUGGAUGCUGCCUGCCGCUCCCGGUCCCUCGCUCCGGCAACGCGUGGAGCAGAAGGAGCGCGAGGCGGGUUUACGGUGCUACGAUCCCUCGUGUGGCAUUGGCCCCUCUGACGAAGAUCCCAUCCCUGAAAUAGUGGUUGAGUCCAUGAAACAGCUCUCGAUACAUCCAUUAUCGCAUCCUGGAGAAGGAUCUUUGUGCGCGCAUACAUUCCACCCUGCGUGCUUGGUUAGUGCGGAACGGGUUGCUGGAUGGGGUGUGGAAGAUAAAGCGGAGCCGUACGUGGAGGUGUCGUGCCCAGUGUGCCGUGAUUUGGGAUCCGUCACGAGGGAGGAGUGGGAGGAGGGCGUAUCGGCUCUCUGAUCGAUCGAUAUUGCGGUCGUCCGUUCAUUUUUGCAUGCUUCUUCGAAGUGUACCUGUAUGUCUUGUCUCUAGUAAUGAUGUUUCAUAACCCACAAAAUAUGUCACUUCUCAGAUUACUUUACGUCUCUAGAUUGUCACUUCCAUUGCCUGUCGUCGCAACAUAGUUACGUGUAUGUAUGCCUCAUUCUAAUUGCACACACGCAAUAUAUGUAUUCAUGAACGUUUGCACACCCAU